AUGGUAUUUGAAACAGCUUCUUCUUUCAUUGCCAGCUGGCUCACACCCACUUGUCUCUUCGUCUUCGUCAACCUUGUCAUCGGUACCAUAGCCAUCGUUUCUCGUUUCGCCACCCAUCAUCAACGGCAGCAAGUUGACUCUUCGGGUCAACUCGUCCGUUCUACUUCUCUUCUGAACCGCGUCAUGUCCUUCAACCUCUAUUCCUAUAAAGAUGAUGGACAUAACUCAGUUCAGGAGAAUCACGAGUUGGCCCAACAAAGUCUGGGUCAAUCUGUGUUAGACCAAGUCAACUCUUCCGAAAGAAUAGAUGACUCGGUUCAACAUGAGUUGGCCCGGACUCCAUCUUUGUUGGAAAGAUUAAAGUCAAUAAAAUUCUACAAAUCAGAAUCAACAAAGAAAGUUAAAGAGGAAGAACCUGAAUUCGGAUCCGGACACCAACCCAGUGCUACAAAGGACGGGUUGGAUCGGGUGAAUUCGGAUGAGGAUAGAAGAAUAAGGAACUUAUUAUCGAGAAGGUGGGAGGGAGAGGAGUUAUUGGGAGAAGAAGUGGACAAGAAAGCUGAUGAUUUCAUCAACAGGUUUAAGCAGCAGCUUAGGCUUCAGAGGCUUGAUUCAAUACUACGUUAUAGAGAGCUGCCCAAGAGAAAUUAA